UUUGCGAUUCGAUUUGGUUUUAAACCGCAUUAGUUUCACCCCUAUAAAGCAUAUUGGACGUUUGAUGUGACCACCAGCCCCUCCUCCACUUGGCUUUUAUAAUAGUGAUAUAUGCAAUAUAUUCACUCGUUAGUUUAUUUCCUCAUAUAAUGAAGUAUAAUUUAUUUGGAAAUAGAGGGAAUAAGUUUGAUAUCUUUAUGAACCCUAUAAAUAGAACUCACUACUAUACCUACUGUAGAACAUAAGUAAACCAAAAAAAAUAAAAAAUAAAAAAUAAAAAAAAAAAUAAAAGUCUAGAUAGGUACAAAUUUUGUUAAAUUGCCUAUAAACGUACAUACAUAAAACAACUCUAUGCCUAGUGGAAGAGAUUCACUUGUUGUAGGACAAGUGAUUGGGGAUGUUUUGGAUCCCUUUAUAAGGUCGGUAGCUCUAAGAGUUGUCUAUGACAAUAGAGAAGUCAUUAAUGCCAGUGAAUUUAGACCUUCUCAAGUUGUCAAUCCACCAAUGAUUGAAAUUCAGGGUAAUGAUCCUAUGGCAUUCUAUACUUUGGUUAUGGUGGAUCCUGAUACUCCUAGCCCCGGCAAUCCUACCGAAAGAGAAUACUUGCAUUGGUUAGUAACUAACAUACCGGCUACUGGAGGCAUUAGUUUAGGGCAAGAAAUCGUGGCAUACGAAAAUCCAAGGCCGUCAUUGGGCAUACAUCGACUUGUAUUUGCUGUAUUUUGUCACUCAGGGAGGCAAAUAAUCGGUGCACCAGGGUGGCGUCCGAAUUUCUUCACUAGGGAAUUUGCCGAAGUUUACAAUCUUGGCUCGCCUGUGGCUGCAACAUACUUCACUUGUCAAAGAGAAGGCGGUUACAGAGGAAGGAGGCGAAGCUAGGCUUGGAAUAAUGAAGCGUUAAAUUCUGCUGUAUUUGGAGCAUCAUGCAUUAUGCAUUUUAUCAUUAUGUUUAACAAUAAAACUAUCAUGUUGGCUAUUCUAGCUAGUUUGGUUGGCUUAAGUUCUCGAAGGUUUUUGACCAGAACCUCGUGAUAGGUUAGAGGUGU